UGACAAAAUGGAACCCACACCAGCAGUGUGAGGAGACCUGAAAGUGGCACAUGGCAGAGUGUGGCGAUGGAGACAGCAGCAAUGGGAGCCGUACAGGGACCCAUGAGACACUCUGGACCUGGCAGCAGCAUGAGGAGGCGGUACAGGGGCCCAUGGCAGAUUACGGGCCUGGCAGCAGCAAUGGGAGGCCCGUAAUCUGCCAGCACCCUAUGACAAAAAAAUGGAACCCACCAGCAGUGUGAGGAGACCUGAAAGUGGCACAUGGCAGAGUGUGGCGAUGGAGACAGCAGCAAUGGGAGGCCGUACAGGGACCCAUGAGACACUCUGGACCUGGCAGCAGCAUGA